GACCUUCCAGGAAAGAGAAUAACUAUUCGCUAGUCUAGUUAAUGUAGUUAGUUAUGGAUCUUGAUGACCAAAAGCGCAGCUUCGGUCGCGAGCUUUACCCAACCAAGACCAAGCCCAUGUCCACGCAGGUGAUGGAUACCUACCUUGUCGCUUCCUCCAAGCUUCUUCUUUCAACUUGAAGUCCAGCCCAAAAACUCGACGUCGACACAACGCUCUUCGUGAUCGCAGGGAUUCUAAUUCCGUCGCCUUGGCCAAUCGAUCGAUAAGAGAAGCUUGUCCCUCCUUCACGACAUAGCUUCGUCCUUCCACCCAGACUUCUACUCAUAAUGGAACAACCACCUCCUCCCACUCUCACGAACCCCCGCUUCACUCUCGAGCUCGAAUUCGUACUCUCCCUCGCAAAUCCGCACUAUCUCUCUCAUCUGGCAGUCAAUUACCCGAAACUCCUCGGUACCUCGACUGCAGGGGAUAAUACGAACAACGAAAACGAUGCGGACGGGACUGCCUCGCCGGACGCUCAAGCCUUCGCUGCAUACCUAGCCUACCUCUACUCCUACUGGAAGACACCGGAAUAUGCGCAGUUCCUGACUCAUCCUGGAGCCACGCUGCGCGCUCUACGACUGCUACAGGAAGAAGCUUUCCGUCGCGAUAUCAUCCGGCCCCAGGUUAUCGAGGGACUCUUGGGUAUGGGCAUUGAAGGAGCUCCAGCUAGCCAAAACGUUGGGACUACAGGCGCAGACCUUGAGCAAGGGAAGGAAGAUGCGGAGGCGCAGCCAGAGAUCAAGAACGGGAUCAAGACGUGA